AUGGCAGGGAAGGUGGAUGAGCUGGAAAAGACUAUUUUUGUAGCUGCUAGAGACCCUUCUUUGUAUGGUAUAAAACAAGUGGAACUUGAAAAGCGAAGGAAGUGGACCACUACUGCUCCGAUUCAGGUGGGAAAUAUUAAGAAAGCAGUGAUUGUGGCCGGAAGCAGUUCAAACUUUGGUGGGAUGCGCCAAGAAUUAAUGCUUCUCAUCAGUGAAUCUCAUAGGGACAAAAUGGUAAAUCUGCAGAUGGUUCAAUCAAUGUCAUGUAGUAAUAUUUGGAAAUACAGCGUCUGGGGUGUUUGUUGGGCUGCUUCUUUCAAUGUCAUUAACAACAGUGGUUUGAAGUUUUUGAUGGAAAAGAAUAGUGUUAAUGCUCUUCAUAGAAAAGCUCACUAUCUUCAGCAACUUGUUCAGUAUCUGCUGGUCUAUCAUGCUCCUCAGCAAUUGGUCUAUCAGAUUCGUGCACAAGCUGUGGUGGCUCAGUCCGGUUUAAGCUGUUAUCCUCAGAUCCGAGCUCAACAUAUUCAGUGUCUCCCUCUUUUGGAUCAUCAUCAUUAUCAGUUUCUCCCCCUUUUUGACCAUCAUUAUGUUGUGCGCCAGGGGAAUGAGUUGGAAAAAGAACUCCCUUUAGUUGAUGGACAUCAGCCUCAAUUCAUAAAAGACGCGGACUCAUGUCCCGAGUAA